CUCUUCCGCCCGCUCCCCCCCCCGCCCAACAUCCGAGGCGCUUCCCGCUGGGGGGAACUUUGAGCAAAUGAGCGCGCAAGGGAAGCCCGGCCAAGCGCCCCUGCCCUUGAGUUGGCUUUCCGGGAACUGUCCAAGGUGCUGAAUCUCGGGAAAGAGGCGAGCGGGCGCUGCCUGGUUGGAAGGCGGGCUCUGGAUUCCUCGCAGCGCCUCCAUUCCCGUCUCUCUUUCGCUGCUGCUGCUCUUGUUCCCGCUUCUCCGCGGAGCUCUCGAGGGGAUCCCUUAGACAUUUCGACGACCGGAAAGCAAGAGAGGAAAGUGGGAGCGGGGGGGGGGGUGGCGGCGGCGUGAAAGGUGAUCCCGGGUGUGGAAGCGGCAGCAAGCCGGGCUCCCCGAAACCAGCCCGAGACGCAUGCGCAUAUGGCCGGCGAGUUGCCGUCCCCAGCUGAAGAGCCCGCGGCUAGUAACGGCGGCGGUGAGCAAUGCAAAGAUUUCCAGCCGGCUCCCGAGAUCCAAGGGGAGCCAAUGGGAUCUGAGCGGAUGGAGGUGCGCAAGAGGCAAACACUUGCAUCCCAGGAGACGCCAGGCUCUGUUCCAGCACAGCCUGGGGUAGGGAAUCGAAGUCCCAAUGCCUGCUGCUUCUGUUGGUGCUGUUGCUGCAGCUGCUCCUGUCUUACUGUUAGGAACCAAGACGAAAGAACAAGAGCGGCAUCACAUGAACUCAGAUCAGAAACCAUUGCAAACUGUGAAGAAAGCUCCACUCCUACUCUUGAAGAAGUGAACGCUUGGGCCCAGUCCUUUGACAAAAUGAUGAGAACACCAGCAGGCAGAAAUGCUUUCAGGGAGUUCCUUCGGACAGAGUUCAGUGAAGAGAACAUGCUUUUCUGGAUGGCCUGUGAGGACCUAAAGCGAGAAUCCAACAAGAGUGUCAUUGAAGAGAAAGCAAGGCUAAUAUAUGAAGAUUAUAUUUCCAUCCUUUCUCCAAAAGAGGUCAGCUUGGACUCCAGGGUGCGAGAAGUUAUCAACCGAAACAUGCUGGAACCAAAUCAACAUAGUUUUGAUGAUGCACAACUCCAGAUUUACACAUUGAUGCACAGAGACUCCUACCCUCGAUUUAUGAACUCUGCAAUAUAUAAGGACUUAGUUGAGUCUCUCUCUCAAAGAUCUGCUGAAGCAUAGACUAUAUUAAAUAUAUUUAUUGUACAACCGUAACACAUAACACAAAUGAAAUGCUGGGCUGUCUAUUAACAUGGAAUUUAGGAUAGAUUCAGCCAUUUUCAUUAAUUGAAAAUAACUCAAUACAUAUUACAUAUUUUAAUACUGUUUCAAAGUGUUCCAACAUGGAAAGAUUUAAAGAAUCACUAUUUCCAGCUUUUGACUGAGUUAUACUGCGACUUGGUGACAUAGAGCAUGGAGAAAAGAAACCCCUAAGAUGCUAGCAAAAAGACACACUAAAAGGCAGAGAUAUAGGCAGAGUUUUUGAAAUGCUUAAAACUAAUUAAAAAUAAAUGAUACAUUUUGAGGGGGAGAGUGGAACUUGACUCUUUCCCCAGAAUUCAUAUAGAAGCCUAUGUGCUGAAAGACUGUAUUACUUCAAUUGCCGUGACCAGGCUCAAUUUGAUGUGCAGGUUUGUCUUCAGUACUACCAUGUGUCUGAACUGCUCUCAAGGAACAUAGUCCAGUAUCCAACUAGCCACAUGAUAAAGUUCUGCAUGCUCACAUGCCUUCUGGGUCAUGUUUCCUUAUUAGCAAUUCGUCACUUCUCCCUCUCCUAUCCUCCUUAUGCCCUAAUAACUCAGACUUAUUAGUGUGUUUCUGGAAAUCAACCUUAAAGAAGUUUUUCUUUUACCUAAAAUUUGUAUGGGGGUUUCUCAAUCUCUCUCUGAUUUCAAGAAAUAUUAAAUCACAUUGGAUUUGAAUAACCUUUUCAUUAUUGACUUCAAAUCAAAAACAAACUAUUCAUUACUGACUUCAAAUCAAAAACAAACUAACAUGUUUCAAACAUAAACAAAUGAAAGGAGCUGAUUUGAGUGCUAUCACCUAUAAAGUGUUAUUUUAUUACUAGAAUAUGUGGAAUUUGAAGAGUUGCAUUAUUAAGUUUCUAGAAAAUAUUAAUGCACUUUAGUUAGGAGAAGAGUUGACAUUUGCUAUUUUAAAUAAAGCACAAAACACAUGUUUCAGUUCUUUUCAUUCUGUUAUCUUACAAUUAUGGUUCCACAUUCAUAAUAUUAUUCUGUAUAUUUUUAAAGGCAUAACCCCAAGACAUUUUGAACAGCAUCUUUAAUCAAGAGAGGGACAUAACUGUAUUUUCAGUACAUCUCUUUUGAGGAUAUUAAUAUAUAUUCUGUGUUUAGCAGUCGAGAUUUUUUAAAAAAAUCCUAAAUGUAUUUUGAAAUAUGUACAUUGUGAAAACUCUCAAUGGGAAAAAUCCUUCAUAGGGCAGCAUUAAAUUUAUUUCUAAUCCACAUUUAUCACACCUUCAAAUAAAGAGGAAUUAAUUUCUGCAUGUCACAAGGUUCAGUAUCAAACCUAUAAAGUAUUUCCAAAUUGGAGGAAGCACAUAAUCCUUUAGUAGAGACAGCAAGCCUUGUUCACAAAGACUAGCCCAGAGUCUAUAGUUCUAGAUUCAAGUGCUGUCUUAUCAGGGUAAGCCUCAAUUUCAAAGUAACAGCACUCAAGGUCUAACCUUUAAAAGAACUUUGGACAUGAUGAUGUGGUAUUGUUACAAUGUGCUUCAGAACAUAAUUUUGCUUGGUCAUGGUACACCAUCAUUCUUAGUACAGAUGCAACUUUGAAAAAGGGGAUGCACAAUCUAUAAUACAGUGGUGCCUCGCUUAACGAGCGCACCGUUUAACGACAAAUCUGCAUAGCGAUGUCGC